AUGGUAUCCGCCAAUGCCCUUACACUGGCUCUGCUAACGCUUGCCGUCGGGCUUUUAUAUCCGGCUUUGCCAGUUGCAAAUGCACAAGAUACAUUAUUCAACAUUCCACAGCCAGGUGUUCUUUAUCCAUGGCCAGCCGACAACCAGACCCGCGACAACGUCGUGUAUCCCAAGGGCUGGAUGCAUUACCAAGUCAACAAGCAAUGCACCCAGGCUCAGACCAUGCUCGCCUUCAAUGCCAAGAGCAUUGGCACGGUGGCCAUACCUCUUGCGCUGGGCAGCUCGGACCCGGGCUACCUUCAGGCCGCCUACGGCGUGCGGAGCUUCCCCACACCAGGGGGGGUAUGGGUCCGUGAUGCUGAGUGCGCCAGAGCUUGCCGGUUGCGAAUUUAA